CGCGACGGCACUACCAGCGCCCCACCUCCCGUCGUUUACCUCCUUCUCUCCCGCCCGUCUGUCAAGGGAGGCGGGCCUUCGCCGCGCCGGAAGUGAGGGCUCGCUGCGCCAUCUCUAUGGUAACGGCGGCCAGAGGCGGGGCCGCCGAGCCGGAAGUUGGGACCGGGGAGACAGGAGCCUAGGGUGGGUAUUUGCGAGCGCCCUUCCUGCCCACUCCGCCCCACAGAGGCGCCCCCUUCUCUCCUCCCACCCGGCGGCGGCGGCUGUCCUAAGUAGCCACGUGACUUGGGGGUUGAGAGGGAGGGAUGACUCUCUAGCCCUCCCAGGCCCUUCUCUCUGGUAUGGAGGACUAAAGAUGUGGGGAUAAUGGGGGGGGGAGAGAGACGAAACCGUGGGGAGGGUCCUAUCUGGGGGGGGCAGAGUCGAGUGCCGUGGCGGGGGACUGCGGGAAGCGCAUAAUGGGGGGCAGGAGAGAAGGGGCUUAGCCCUGGUGCGAUAUUGCGUGGUGACAGUUGCAGGGCGGGGGGGGGGAGGGUCCCCUCUUGGAGGGCAGAGGCCUGUGGAGGGGGGGGCACAUACCUGUCUUGCAUAUGUCCUUUUCGAAACCGCCUCCUGCUGAAUUCCCGUCCAGGCUUUUCUCGGAGGAGCUUAAGCUAAGGCGGCAUUCAUGGUUGUAGUGGUUAAGAGCUGUAGGCUUGUAAUCUGGUGAACAGGGUUCGCGUCUCCGCUCCUCCACAUGCAGCUGCUGAGUGACCUUGAGCUAGUCACACUUCUCUGAAGUCUCUCAGCCUCACUCACCUCACAAAGUGUUUGUUGUGGGGGAGGAAGGGAAAGGAGAAUGUUAGCUGCUUUGAGACUCCUUUGGGUAAUGAUAAAGCGGGAUAUUAAAUCCAAACUCUUCUUCUACUUCUUCUCCCUGACUUGAGUGGGGAUUUGGACCUGGGUUGUCCCAGGUCUCCCCUCAACACUCUUUAACCAUUUAAGUGUGAUGGGGGUGCAUCUGUCUUAUGUGGAGGUGGGGGCUUGCUGUGUUUAGAUCCUUGGUGAGGACUGUCACACCAUGAUCGUUAACGGAAACCUCCGCUCUCACCCUAAUUUUAUUAUUUCUGUUGAUGUGCUUUGGGGAGGCUAACAGCCUAGUUGACGAAGCGCGCACACAGUUAUAAAACCCAAUACAAAUGUUUUAUGCAAUUAUUUCAGUUUUACAGAGCUAUGAGUUAUAGCCAUUGAAUACAAUAUGCCGUUAUGAAGUGGGCGAAAAUACAAAUGGUCAUGGGUAGCAGGAGUUCUGCAAGUCGGGAUUCUCAUUGAGGGGAUGGGACUCUCUCUUCCGCGUCCUGCUUGUGUGUGGGAAGCUGUCUUGUUCCCAGUCUGCAUUGGUUUGUGUAACUCAGUCUUGCCUAUGCCAGUGUUUUUCAACCUUAGGUUGCCUGAUGUUGUUGGACUGCAUCACCCCUGACUAUUGGCUAAGCUGGCCUAGGAUAAUGGGAGUUGUUGUCCAACCUAGCCUAGCCUGGUGAAUAAACCUGAACCUUUCUCCACACAAAACAUGUGCAACAGAUGCUCCUAACACAUGUAAGAAGUUUCCUUUCAAUGUACCAGAUCACUGGGACAUCUCACUCAGUGUUGUCUACAUGCUGAUGGGGAGUUGCUUUGCAAAGCUUCAGACAGGGGUCUUCCCCAUGCUCCCAUCACACACUCACACACACAUCCCUAUUGAUUGAAUCUGGGAUCUUUUGCAUGCAAAGAUGAUUCUCCUGAGCUACAGCUCUUAUGUAUUUUGUUAUUAACCAUGAUCAGGAGGGGACCUUCUCUGAGUAUUAGAUGCUGUUAGUGACAGCAACAAAGGAAGGGUCUGCUUGUGAGCUUUCCAGAGGUAACUGGCUGGCCUGGAAAUGGAAGUUUGGAAGAGUAUCUACCAUGAUAGUUUAAUGGAAUGGAGCAGGGAUGCUUCUUAGGACUGGGUGCUGAGGGCUGUUUGCACAAGAAAACAGUUGCCUUCAUGGGCUUUUUUGUGAGACUUGUAGAACCUGCUGGAAGUCAGAAUGCAGGAUUACAUUGGUUUCUGCAUGAAAAGAAUGUUCUACUGAUACUCGUACCGUUUUCUGUUUCCAGUUUAUUCUGUAGCAUAAAGUACCAAAACUGUAUCCGGACUUUUGAAACCUGUUUUGGUGGUGAGGAUGUUCCAAGGAAAAAAAACUGGAAAUGUUUCCUAUCUAGAUUAGAGUAUUUUCUGAUGCCCUACAGAGUAAUUUAGUUUAGCAUGUUUAUUUUUAGGGAUUUUUUUUGGUGGAAAAAUGAAGGCCAGUGUUUAUUGCUGACAUCUCAAAAUGUGAAAACCCCUGCCCCAAUUUGAAAAGAUUAUUUUCUCAUACAUCUAUAUAUUUCAGUAGGAAUAAUAACUUCAAUGCAAUUGCUCGUAUUUGAUGACUAGUCCAUAAUAUCUUAUGCUGUAUAAAAUUUGUUAGUCUAUGCCACAAGAUUCUUUGCUAUUUUUGCUGCAACAUAGCUGCCACUCUAUAAAUCUCUUCUAUGUAACACUAGCCAAACAUCAAUCUUCUUUGGGUUUGGGAUGAAUGUUUUGCCAUUUCGUCUCCUGCCUGUAGUCCCUGGCUUUAUGUAUAUUUUUGGAGUGAAAUCUGUUUUAGGAUCAUUCUUAGAGGCAAGUCUCAUUGAGUUCAGUAGGAAUCAUUCUGGGUAAAUGUGCAUAGGAUUGAUACUUUAGCCUUCAGGUGAAAUAAGUUUUUUUUCAGUGUUGUCAUUUUCCUAUAAAGUUUUGAACUGAAACAUUUUCCAGUGUCCUGAAUUAAUUAGGAUAAGUUUUGGCAUAUUUUACUUACAUUAAGUAAACAAAAAUAAUACACAUGCCAUAUUCAUUUUUCACACCAUUUAAGUAUUUCAAAAGUUUUUUCAAUGCCUCAAAUCAGCUGUCCUCAAAUAUUUGUGUUUUCUUGGUGGGGAGGAGAAAUCAGCAAAGCACAUUUUUAAUGUGGUUUUAUAUGUUCAAACAAAUUCAGAGCUUGGGUUGGAUGUUAUUAUUAGUGGACUGUUUGUCACCAUUUUAAGGCAUGGCAACUCCUAACUUCAUUAGUUACAUUUUAAGGAGACAUUGGAAAUGGUUAAUGCACUCCUUUUAGCAAAAGAGGUGAGAGGCUAUUUAUGUAUGCUUCCUAGGAAUAGUCACCUGAAAAAUGUUAAUUACAACGUUUGAAAGUGCCUGGUUUGAUUGGUGUUGGCUGAGUUCACAAGCAGCCUUAAAAUUAUGGCUUACCAAUCAUGGAUUUGUUCAGCCUAAAUAAAUCACAACCCUAGCUUUAGAUAUAAUGCAAAGCUACUCCUUUCUUGGUUUAUUGAUCUGCUCUUGCCAAGGGAGAAGCAAAGGGGAAGCAGUUGGGCUGAGUGUGCUGGCACAUAGUAUGAACGCAUUAUGGUUUAUUCAGCUAAAAAUCUUGGCUUACUGUUAUGUGCAAAUGCAGUCAUUGUGUCCAUUCAUGUAUCAUUCAUUAUAACUGGUUUGAUGAAGAUGCAUUUCCAGAAAUGGAAGUUCAUCCAUAGUGAAAUAAAAUGGUGGGAAAUAUUCUGAUUUCUGAUGCCACCAAUUGCUCUCCUUAGUUACUGUUAGGUAUUCACCCCCUUCCCCCUCAGUUUCCUUGACUGAGGACCAUUUAAGAUCCAUCCAGGUGUCUGUUUGGCAGUCCAGUCUUGCAGCUCACAUGGAGCUUUGGGAAAGGGAUGACCCCUGUGCUCAAAGUGAGAGAAGAAAGGGAUUUGGGUGGUUAGGCCAGACUCAGGUAUGCCCCCUUGAAAAGAAGCAGGAUGGUAAUCAUCAUCAUCAUAAAUCAUCAUCAUCAUAAAUUAUUUAUACCCCGGGCAGGUGGCUAACAUCAAAAUAUGAAAUACGUUAAAAACAUAAAGUCAACCAAUCAAUUAAAAUACAGCUUAAAAUCAGAUUAAGAUCAAAAUAAAAUCUGAUGGCAACCCACGAAUUAUAACUAUAGGGGUUGGGGACAUUAAGUGCUCACCAGGCCCAACUGUUUGUGCUGGUCUUAUAUGGGCCGGUCGGAGGAGUUAGGGAGGCCGCUUACAUGCAGGGUCUUAUAAAAGGAUCUUAUGAAAGGAGGAUCUUAUAAAAGGUGGGGGGUCAGACUGGGCCCUGACCAAAAGCAUGGUGGAACAGCUCUGUCUUGCAGGCCCUGCGGAAAGAUGUCAAAUCCCGCAGGGCUCUGAUCUCUUGCGGCAGAGCAUUCCACCAGGCCAGGGCCUGGUACCCAGCCCCGCCCCACUUCAGUGGCUGGGAUGGCCUCAGUCCCUCCAAAUCUAUCUGUGUGGAGGGUCAAAAUGAGUUUUAAAAGAGGAAGUGGCAGUGUUGUCAUCAGAGUUCUCUGAAAGGCUGUGGGAAUUGUAGGAGACUAGAAUGGAAUCAAAGUUUCAGGGCCGCAACGGAGGUGAAAGGGAAGGUGGUGGCCAUUGCAGAAAGAAGCAGCCAGGCCUAAGACUUGGGACCUUGAAACACCUGUAUUGCAACUUUCCAAUGUCUCAUCCUAGAUUUUCUCCCUUUGAAAUCUCUCCUGUACAGGUUACCUGCAGGGGGGAAAAUGGAAAUGAAACGGCUAAGCGUCUCCCUGGUUGUGGUUUUGUUCCUCGUCCUGGUCCUGCAGAUCUUGUCUGCUGUCGAUUUUGAUCCAUAUCGGAUCCUUGGAAUCAGCAGGACAGCUAGUCAGGCGGACAUUAAAAAGGCCUAUAAGAAGCUUGCCCGGGAAUGGUGAGUGAUUCAUGAAAUGGAGCUGGAAUCACAGUGUAUCAUGCUUAGCUGCUGUGCUGAAAAACUGCCUGCCUCCUUCUUAAAGGCCUGCUAGCCUUUCUUAUGUUGUGCACAGCUGUAGACAGCAGCUACAGUGUUAGUUGGUGUAAAGAACCCAACCAGAGCCCAGAGGUCCAUAGAUGUUGACUUACUAGCGAGCCAUUAUUUUGGGUUGCUGCCAAUCCUCCACCUUCUGGCAUGCACAGAGGGCUUGGAAGAACAUCAGGGUUAUCCCUCAUUUGUGCGGGGUAUGGAGGAGUUAAGAAACAGUAGGAGUCCUGCUGUUUCUUCCCUGUUGAAGAGCUUCAGCUGAAAUUAGACCUUCUGGGUUUCCUGCUUGCCAGAUAGCUGGAUGCACUUGCUCCUGUUGAGCUGCUAUAUUUGUGGUUGCCUGCACAAGCCCUAAGGAUAGAAAGGGCUCUGUGCUGUUGGUAAAAAGAGAGCCAGCAAAACAAGGUGCCUCAAGGAGGAAUAUUAGGGAAAGUACUAGGGACGCGGGUGGCGCUGUGGUCUAAACCACAGCAUCUUGGGCUUGCUGAUUGGAAGGUCCGCAUGAUGGGGUGAGCUCCUGCUGCUCUGUCCCAGCUUCUGCCAACCUAGCCGUUCAAAAACAUACCAGUGCAAGCAGAUAAAUAGGUACCACUGUGGCGGGAAGGUAAAUGGCAUUUCUGUGCGCUCUGGCACUCGUCACAGUGUCCCAUUGCGCUACAAAUGGUUUAGUCAUGUUGGCCACAUGACCUGGAAAAGCUGUCUGUGGACAACACCAGCACCCUCGGCCUGAAGCGAGAUGAGCAUCGCACCUCAUAGUCGCCUUUGACUGGACUUAAUUGCCCAGGGGUUCUUUAACUUUACCUACCUUACUAGGAAAAGUAUGUGCUGGAGGUCAAAUACAGGGAGACCUAGGUAGCAGAGUCUGUUGACUUUGUCUUUGCAUAUGAAAUGUUUGUGCCUUAAUUAGUGCCAAUUCUCUCUUCGCAUCAGGAAUCGACCCCCUGUAGUAAACCUGUUCAAACAUCAAACAGAUUAAGCCUUAGUGACAUAUUCUUUAAUUAGUGUCAGUUCUGCCUGCACAGUGCCAGGGUUGAACUAAAUCCAACAGCCUUGUGAUCAAACUGCUCAUGGUCUUGUUUUCUUUCCAUUCCAGGCAUCCUGACAAAAAUAAGGACCCAGGAGCAGAAGAUAAGUUCAUACAAAUUAGCAAGGCUUAUGAGGUAUUGGGCACACUUUUCUAACUUCAUGUUUUCAUAUUUAAGUAUUUAAGGCUUCUGUUUUAAAUGCAGCCUUUACUGUAAGGAUGGGCAGUCCUGCCUCUUCCCUUCCCUGGUUCUGGUGUUCUAAUUUAAUACCUGCUACAGUUUUACCCUGGCAUGCCACACAUGUAAAUCCAUAAAUGUUACCGUGCCCAAAGUGAUCACACUUGAGAGUAAAAUCUUACUGAGUUUCAAUCAAUCGUUUUAUUUUUGUACAUAAUUACAAAAGAUACAUAAUUAGCAAAAGUAGUCAUACGCAUUAAAUAAAACACCAAAAAGUCCACAUUGAGCAAUUUCCACUUAAAUCGUAAAAAGAUAGAAAGUAAAGAUACAAAAAAGUAAUAUCAGUAACAGCAGCAACCCCUGCCUCCAACAAAACUCCCUAAACAAUACCCCAGCCCAAGAGUCUGUUCAGCAGCCUCGGCUUUCGUAGCUGGAGUCAGUCAGGGCCCCGCCCUCUCAGGCCAGGUCGAAAAAAGCCUGCAGGACAGGGAGCAGGUCUUCCAGGACUCACAGGCAAGGUGGUUUAACAGGACUUGCUUCUUAGUUAACUGGGUAUAAUCAUGGUCUAAGGGGCAAAUUAGAUGACUUGACAAGAGAUAAGAACAAAGGAAGAUAGCUACCAUGGCAAUAUCCAUUGAUAGUCCCAUCUUCCUCGGGUUUGUCUUGCCUAGGGGUAGCCAACAUGGUGCCCUCCAUAUGUUGGACUACACCUGCCAACAUCCCUGGCUGGGGUUGAUAAGAAUCGAACUUCAACAACUGAACUAUAGUCUAAUCCCCUUUUAAAGCCAUCAUCUUGUGGCAAUGAGUUCCAUGAGUUAGUUACAUCUUGUGUGAAGAACUGCUUUCUCUUGUCUGUCUUGAAUCAGCUGACAAUCAACUUCUUGGGUGAUACUUAAGUUUUAGUAUUAUGAGGGGGUGUUCUAGCCCAGCUUUCCCAACCUCAGUGAAUUCUGGAUGUUUUGUACUACAACUUCCAUAAUCCUGACCAGUGGCCAUGCUAGCUGGGCCUGAUGGAAGUUGUAGUCCAAAAUAUCAGGAGAGCACCAUUUAGAUAAUGGGCCUUUUUUAGUGGUGGUGGAAUUUAGCCAUCUGGAUAAAGUUCACCACCACCAAAACAGAUGUACUUUUGCAGAUUGAAAAAACCCCCACGAAACUAGGAUUAAUAUGGAAAUAUAGUAACUAGGAUUAAUAUGGAGAUCCUGGCAUGGAAUUUUCAUCUUGUAAUGUCUUUUGAAAAGUAGUGUUUAAAAUGUUAUUAUCACAGCAAUGAUAUUCCUCCAAGGAACUCAAGUUGGCCUAUAUGGUUUUCCCUCACCCCAUAUUAUCCUCACAACAACCCUGUGAGGUAGAUUAGGCUGAGAGUGAGUGACUGACCCAUGGUCACCCAGUGAGCUUCAUGGCCAAGUGUGGAUUUGAACCCUGGUCUCUCUCAGGUCCUAGUCCAAACACUAACCACUAUACAACACUACCUGUUCUAUUUACAUAAGGCCAUCCAAAUACAUUGGGUUGGAUCCAGGCUGAUUUGGUUGAAUUUAGACCCUGUCAAAAUAGGCAGGAUGCAGUCAUGACUUGUUGCAGAAGUUUCAUUGGGACGCUGAUUCAGCUCACUUAACCUGGACCCAGCCCAUCGCUCCUUAGUGUUUCACAAAGCAUAAACUGGUAACAUACACUUAAGAGGGUUGGUGUUUGUCCCAAACAGAUCCUGUCCAAUGAGGAAAAGAGAUUAAAUUUUGACCGCUAUGGCGAUGUGGGGGAGAACCAGGGCUACCCCCAUCAGCAACAGUCCCAGCACCGCCCGUUCCACCACUUCCACGAGAGCUUUUAUUUCGACGAAUCCUUUUUCCACUUCCCGUUCAACUCGGACCGCCGCGACUCCUCCGACGAGAAGUACUUGCUGCACUUCUCACACUACAUCAACGAGAUUCUGCCCGACAGUUUCAGAAAACCCUACCUCAUCAAGAUCACGUCGGACUGGUGCUUUAGCUGCAUCCACAUUGAGCCCGUGUGGAAGGAGGUGGUCCAGGAACUUGAAGGGCUGGGUAAGAAGAGAAGCGUGUUUGGAUUUGCAUCACCUGCAUCCAAAGCGUUUGGGGCAGAAAAAUGCAUGAUUCUACCCUCUCCCUGGCCAGUUUGAAGCCAGUUUGCUCACUAGAAGAUGCACGGAUGUAGGGUUUAGCUAAUCUCCAAAGGGCAAGCCCUUGCACCCUCUUGAGACACAUAAACCAAGUUUACACCAUACAUUUAAAGCACUAUGAUGCUCAUUUAAACAGCCACCCCACCCCCCCAAAAAUCCUGGUAGCUCUAAUUUGUUAACAAUGCUGAGAGUUAUUAGGAGGCCCCAAUUCUGCUCUUGAGAGAUACCAUUCCUAAAAUUCCCUGAAAUCAAUGGACCUGAUUUUGUCAUGUCCAUGAAUUUCAGUGGGUCUUUCUACUGGAUUCAACCCAGGGUUCUUGGUUUACUUGUAAGGUUGUGGUGGAACAGAGGUGGCCUCAUAGGGUGCUGAGUCAGGCAAUUGAGGGCUUUGCAGGACAUCACCAUCCAUUUGUAUUUGGCCUGAGUUUUUCUUUCAGAGUCUGGCUGCAUCUUCCCUAGGCUGCAGCUGCAGUAAUUCAAAAGCAGUGUGCUCUGAGAGGGCCACUCCAAUGUGCCUUGUGAAAAAAAUGAAUUGAGCUACAAAAGGCUAUUGUGGAGCUAGUGUGCUCACUCACGGAAGAGGUUUCCCGCUGCAUGGCUGCAUGACUCCCUGUUCUGGCUUUGCCUGCUUCCAGUCAUCCUGUACUGAGGAUUGUUAGUUCCUCUCUCUCUCUCUCUCUCUCUCUCUCUCUCUCUCUCUCUGCAUUGGUGGUGACUGGAUCUUUCCAUCACUCCCAAUUCAGUGAUGAAACAAAACAAAUCCUGCCCAGAGAAGAGGGUUUUUGAAACAUCACUACUCUGGGGCAUGCAUCUAACUUCCUUGCAUUACAUAUUCCAUUAAUAUAAACAGUGUGGGUUGUAUUUGGCUAAGUCCUACUCAGAUUAGACCUGCUGAAAUUAAUAAAACCUAACUUGGUCACGUCCAUUUCAUAUCACCUGCACAACUGACUUCCUUCUUGUUUCUGGAAUUCUUACUGUAAAAGCAAAACUUUUCAGGGCCAAAAGUGUGCCUUGGCUCAUGGAAGAUUGAGUAAACGCUGCCCUGGUUGCUGCAUCAAGCCUCUGCAUCAAGUCCAGUUCUGUUGGAGCCUGAGGCUUGCCAAGGAAGGAGGGAGUGCCUAGUCACUGGUCCUAGCCAAGCAGAGAGUAUGCAGGACCUUGGACAGCUCCAGGGAGCCUUGCUAUGGUAGCUAUGGUGUUAGAGCAGUGUUUCCCAAAGAGGGUGACAUCACACAAUUUUUGUUCUUUUUGAAGAAGUUCUUUUGGAACCCAUUUGGGCCAUAAGCCACCAUUUCUUCUCCUUCGAGGUCUCCUCUUCAUAUUCUUACAUGUGAACAGGAAUACCUACCUGUUUUGAACCUGUAUAAUGUGGUUACCGGGAGCCUCUUUGAAGGUGCGCUUCCAGCACCAGUCAGCAGGUUGGCACAGAAAGCACAUCUUCAGAGGAAGUUGAUUUGACUGCCAGCCACCUUGCCUGCCAGACCUCCUUUGAACUUUGACACGUGUCAAUCGCCUGCUGUCCUCAGGUGACUGAUAGGUGGGUGGUCCUUCCUACCUGUCAAAUGGCCCACAGGGGGACUUGGACCCAGUCCCCCACCUCUGCUUUCACACAGAGCUCAGUCUUAUUCAUAGGAAGCUGCCUUCCAUUGAGAUUGGCUAUUGGUUCAUCUAGUUUGGUGCGUUGACUGGCAGCAGUUCAGCAGAGUUGAAGAUGUUAGGAACUGGACCUUUUUUAUGCAGUACUUAUGCUCUACCACUGAUCUACAACCCUUCCGUUUCUGUUUCUGCUGCUGCAGAGAAUGCACUAGCAGUUAAUCCCUGUCCCUUGAGGCUCCUAGAUGCUAUAGUAAACAUGUGAUCACAGACUUCCGAUGUUUUAGAUUCCCUGAAGUUGUUAGAGACCAUAGGAGAGAAGAUUAAUUCUUCUUUAUGUUAUCCUUCCUUCCCUCAUUCAGGAGUGGGGAUUGGCGUUGUUCAUGCUGGCUAUGAGAGGCGCUUGGCACAUCACCUAGGAGCACACAGUACACCAUCCAUCCUGGGACUUAUCAAUGGGAAAAUUACCUUUUUCCACAAUGCAGUUGUUCGGGAGAAUCUGCGGCAGUUUGUGGAAAGCCUACUUCCGGGUAACCUUGUUGAGAAGGUGAUUAUUGCCUCCUGAUUUAUUUUAAGCUCCUCUUUGCUAUUUUCUGUUUUUGUUUUCCUUAGCAUUUUAUUAGAGACUUUGUAAUCCCCCCCCCAAGACAUGUGCCACCUAACCUCUUUCCCAAUGCUCUCAGAUCUUCUGUGGAUAUUUGGGGGUCUCUUGUGGAUUUCGGAAUUACUCUGUUCUCUAUACAGUGGGGGGCUACAUAAUAGCCAGAACAGGGAAAUGGGUAUUGAUGAUUCAGUCUCAUGGGAUCCUGGGUUUAAAGUGAAUUGUCGCCAAGUCUAGAAAUCCUUUGGUUAACAAAGCUCCAGUAGCAACUCAUUGGUCAGGUUUGUACAGAAUGCGAAAGCCAGGAUCAGUUCAGGAUCAGCCUCACAGAUAAGCAGAGCUACUGUGGCUUGUUUUGCCUAAGGUUGGCUUUGUUUUUCUAGCCACUCUUGCAUGGCACCUCUGUAGCUGAACAACCAUCUGGAUCAGGGUGCUGGAGCAAACCAGUAUAAAGUCAAAGUCGUGGGUUUUGAGGUAACAAGGAACCAUGUUUGAUGCAAGCCAAGUUUCUUAAGCCAGCUUCAAUCCAUGAUUUUAUAUUGUGGUUUGCUGGUCACAGGCAAACCAUAGUUAACUGGCUGAAUAGGUUUGGAUGUAUAAACAAACCACAGUUGAGCUCAAUAAACCAUGGCUUUACAAUACUGUUGUGUCUUUCUGUGCUGCAUUUAGUUGGCAUUAACAUCAGGAGGUCCAUGUAUCUCCUGCCACAGUAUUCCCCAAAUGGUGGCCUCCAGAUAUUUUGGACUACUUAGCCCCAGCCAAUACAGCCAUUGGGAGCUCCAGUCCAAAACAUGAGGAGGACACCAGGUGGGGAGAGGCUGUCCUAGCAUACCAUGUCAUUUGGCCCUUAGAUGCAAGUUUGCAACUUACCCUUUUAAAAAAAUCUGAAUCUGAAACAGCAUUCCGUGUUUGAUGACUGAGACUGAUCAUUUCUGUUUUACAUUGAAGAUUACAGAUAAAAACUACGUCAAAUUCCUGUCGAACUGGAAGAAAGAGAACAAACCCCAUGUGCUUCUCUUUGAUCACAUGCCCCUCGUCCCUCUGUUAUACAAGGUAAAGGCUCUGCUCUGUACCUGGUUUUUGCCGCUUAGUAAGAAAUGGGACGGGGGAGGGGAGGUCCUCUGGCUUCCUUUGUAGGUGCGUAGCUGUAUUAAGAUGUUGUACCAAAAAGAACAGAGUCAUAUGGCACCGUAAAGACAAAAAGCUUACUUUGGCAUAAGCCAUCCUUUCCCAACUUGGUGCCCUCCAGGUGUCUUGGAUUACAACUCCCAUCAGCCCCAGCCAGCACAGCUGGGGAAGACUGGCAAAAGCUCUGUGGAACAUUUUAUCAGAUGCCUCCUUUCUGCAGGCCUGGAAGUGCCUGGAUCCUUUGAAACAGCCUUCCAGGGGCUCAGUAUUCUGCAGUGGUGUGCAGCAGUGGCAUAACAUGGGUUGCUGGCGACCAGAGUGGGGCAAGUGUUGCACCCCCUGGUGGACUGGGCAGCUGGAGUGGAGGCGCGUUCUGGGGGCAUGUGCAGAGCCCGCAAGGCACGUGGCUUCUGGCGCUGAUGGUGGCGGUCGUUGCAUGCCUUCUUGGCUUGGCAGCUCCAUCACCAUCCGGCAUGGCCACCUUCACCAACCACAAGGAGAAAGAGGCGCCACCCCAGCCCUGAAGGCCUGGCCUGGGCAUGGCUUUGCUCCGAAAAGCGACAGAAGCUCAGCCAUGCAGCCUCGAUGAAGGAGCCUGUCAUGGGGGCUCCUGGUUGUACCCCUCAGAAUUACACCCAGGGCCACUGCCCCCCCCCGCCACCUCCACGCUACACCACUGGAGUAAGGGACCACAGAACAGAGGUAGAGCACAUUAUAUGGAUUCCAGAGGCCACCGGGCUCAAUCUCCAGCUGUCAAAGUAGACAGUACUGGACUAGACGGACAGUAGAAGGCAGCUGAUUAUGUUUGGUUAUUGCCGCUGUCAAAGAGACCCUGCCCUAGUGUCACUGGGGGCUAAGACGUCCAGAGGAGGAAAUUGUGAAAGCUUUGGAAUGAACAUAAGACAAGGCUACUGAAUGACUGACCCAUCCAGUCCAGCAUCCUGUUCUCACCCUGGCCAACCAGAUGCCUGUGGGAAACCCACAAGCAGGACCUGAUCACAAGAGCACUCUUAAACCCUCACCCCACCCCACCCUGUGGUUCCAGCAGGGCUUGGCAAAUCCCUUCCUCUGCCUUCAACCCCUGGUCUGUAUUCUUUUCUGUACAGAACUGCAUGCACACAACUAACAGGCACAUCUCCUUGUCAUUCACUUCCUUGAAUGUGGGUAUGGCUGUAGCUCAAUGGUGAAGGCCCAUAGCUGUCAACUUUCAGAUUUGGAAAUAAGGGAUUAGCAGCCUCACCUGUCCUGGGGACAGUCUACGGGAUAUCUGACAAUCCAGGAUAGCAGCGGGAAAUGGCACUGGAAUAAGGGAAUUUCUCGCAAAAAAAGGGAAGGUUGACAGCUAUGUGAAGGCCCCAACAUCAAUCCCUGGCAUCUCCAGAUAGAACUAAGAAAAAGACACUGGAGAGCCGCUGCCAGUCAGUGUAGACAGUACUGAGCUAGAUAGACCAAUGGCCUUGACUCAGUAGAAGGCAGCUUUCUAUAUUCCUGUCUAUGCGUUGCAUGUAAUGUACUGUGUAGCCCAACUGCAUCCACCUCCCCUUUCUUCCAGCUGACGGCGUUUGCUUACAGAGAUUACCUGUCCUUUGGGUAUGUGUACGUUGGGCUCCGAGGUACAGAAGAGCUGUCCAGCCAGUAUAACAUCAACGUCUACACGCCCACCAUGAUGGUGUUCAAAGAGCACGUCGAUAAGCCUGCUGAUGUCAUCCAGGUACGGUAUGGCAGCCGCCAUGCACGGCUGCUUAUGUGAGAACUCUGGCCCUAACAGGCAGGUGGUCAAUGCUCAGCCUAACUUGUUUCUAUGGUGUUGAUAAGGAUGCUUCAGAUAGCUCCAUCAGUCUCCAUGACAACUUACAACGUCUUGUAAGCAAAGCACAGAGCCUUACCUUAAAGAAGUUGCAAUUCAUAUCUAGACUGUUGGGGACCUGCAACAAAAGUUUGCAGUGCAGAUGGAUCCAGUGUUAGUCCUACUCAUAGUAGACCCACUGAAAUUAAUGAACAUGACUGACUUAGGUUCUUCAAUUUCAGUGGGUAUACUGUUGUGUAGGACAAAGGCUAGAUACAACCCACUCUGUUUAGGACUGCAGACCUUACUUAACUAGGGCUGCAAUCCUUACCCGGUUACAUGGGAGGAAGCACCAUUGAAUUCAGUAGUACCUCUGAGCAGACUUGAUUAGGGUUACACUGUUUAGUCCUUAAACAAUUUGAAAUAAAAUUAAUCAGGAAGUUCCUAUUUAAGGGCAUUCUGGCUCCCCCACCCCACCCCCCUGCCAGUUUGGCCAGUUUGGUUUGUAUAAUGGGUAUGGGGUUGCUUGUGCGUAAGUUGCCGCGUCUCCUGGCUAUGUUGCCUUGUUAAACCUUUCUGUCUGGACAGCCCUUCAAUUCGUGGCUGCCUCAGUCGCUAGCAGAAUCUGUCAGUGGGCGUUUCUUAAACCUCUUCCAACAUAAAAGUUGCUUGACGCCAAGUCUCCUCCUACUCUCCCUGCGUGGAAGUCUUCUGCGCAGGGAGGGCGUGGGUAGCAGAGGACCAGUGCUCUCCCCGCUGGUGUCCAGUGAAGAGUCCUGGAGCCCUCUCGCCGAUUCCCCAUCUGCCCCCCUUUAUCCCUGGUGUAACGUUGAUUUGCUUCCCCCUCUGCUGAACUGCCUCUCUCCCUGCUUGGCCCUUCUCCAGCAUCAUUUGAGAGCCUUCCCUCCGCCUCAGGCUCCGAUGUCAGUUCCCUGACAGUUUGGGAGUGUUUUUGUGUGACAAAGAAUGAUGGGGCUUGCCUUUUAAAUAUAUAUAUAUUCUUUCUAGCAACACAUAAGUAGUUUUUGUGUUAUUAAAUUGUGAGUUUAUCAGGCAGUUCCUUCCACAUCUCAAAAGGGUGUAUACCUUGAUGGUGGUAUGUAAUCUGCUGAUGUAUUUUGGUAACCUGCAAAUGUAUUUAAAAGGCACAUGAAUCAUCAUCUGAAAAUUCUGUGGUUGGUUGACAACUUGUUGGGUGUGUUGUUUUCCAGGCCAGAGGCAUGAAGAAGCAGCUUAUUGAUGACUUCCUGUCUCAGAACAAGUUCCUCAUGGCAUCUAGGCUCACCAGCCAGAAACUUUUUCAGGAGUUGUGUCCUGCAAAAAAGUCUCACAGGCAGCGCAAGUAAGGCUCGUGGUGGUAGUGAUGCUCCUCCAUAGUGUGUUUGGUUUUGUAGGGGUUAUUUGGGGACUUUCAAGUCCCUUCUCAGAAUGGGAUAGCGAGAGCUGCUGGAGAAUCUAGGCCUAAAAGAAUUUGCAGCUGGAAAAGCAGAAGUCUGCAUCUGUAGAUGCAUUUCCUUAACCAGUUUCAAGUAUUUUUGGGGUUACACAGUAAAAUUUUUGGGCAGGUUUUGUAAGGUAAGGUGAGUUCAGAGUGACUUGACUUCCCUACCUGUUUUAUGGAAUCCUCCCCCCGCCCUUUUGAUCGUUCUGCAGAGAAGGUAUUUGGGGGGUUUUUUGCGGGGUGGUGUGGUAGGAAUUUAAUAAGAGAGAUUAGCUUUCAUUCUCUUUCUUCCGUAAACAAUUCUUUAUAUGAGCAGAGUCCAGAUUGUCCCAGUAACGUGCAGGAACUAAGAACUGCAGUUUGCAAAUCCCUGUCCUCACGUGACCUCCAACAAAGCAAGCCUUGCUCAUGCUGAAUGCUGAAAGAGAGCAGAGUGCUGAUGCUGUUUCAGCAACUGUCAAACUUGGACUGAGGCUUAUAUAGAAGCAACAGGGUCUGUUCUGAUUGCACCUCUUCAGUCAAAGCGUUCAGCCCAUUCCAGCAGUCUUACUCAAGCUGCCCAGGGAAGAAUCUGGUUGUACUGGGUCUUCUGUGAUGGAGUUCUUAUAAGUCAGAGGAUGGCAAUGUGACAUCCUUAGGCCAGAGGGGCACAGCUACCAUGGGCUCACUUUGCGGACUUGAUUCUGGGUGUGGCCAUGUGUUCAAAUUCCCUUCUGACUCAGGAGUCCUCGACUUCAGCACCUGAAGAAAGACGAUCUGACUCAAGGGUCAUGAUAAUGUUGCCAUUCCUCUACCAAGCCAGUAAAGCCUACAGAGGAACCCCCACCUCUUUUCCAUAGUGCGUUCCUGUGCAGCCUUUCUGCAGCUCUGAGCAGCUCACAAAAAUAAAAAUACUCCAAUAGUUAGCAGCAAAGGUGUGUGAAAACAGCAUCUGUCGAACAACUACAAAAAGCACACAACCUUAAGCUUAACGUGCCAGGCGGUGCCUGAUCAGAAGAACACAGCUAGCGCAGGGGUUGAUAAAAGGGGAGAGGUGAUCUCAAAAGAGAGAGGGGUCCCCAGGGCUUUAGAAACCAGGUUGGGCUCAGAAACAUAUUUGCCAGGGUGAUGGCUACAGCCUGGGCUGAACAUAUGCAGGCCAGGUUCUACACUAGCGCAGGCUUCUGAGUUGUCUUCAGACCAGCAUCCUGCAGAGGGCAGUGCAGUCCUCAAACCUCAAGGUUAGCAUGGCUCAGCUGCGUGCAGAGUGUUUACAGAAAAAGAAGUCCCACUGCAGAGUCCCAUCACACGGAGCAUCCCCACAGGCAAUCUACAAGAUUCAUUGCUCCCCAAGGCCAUGGGCUGCCUGAAUCCACCCAGUGCCCCCCCCCACAUUGCUCCAAGGCCUUCUCUUCUCUGAAGAGUUCUUGGACUUUACCAUAGUAGCUAGCCUUGGACAGAGGGGCUUGUCCUGGCCUCCUCCAGCAUGGGCAAAGUAAAAUUGCCUUGCAGAUUCUCUUUGCUGAAGCCAGGAGCUUGCUUGAAAUCUCAGGGGGAGGGGAAUGAGGGCCACAUUCCCUUGGCGGGUAAUCUGACAGGGGCCACUGGCUGGCAGUAGCUGGAAGCAGAACUAAAAGUGGCUUCUAUUCUUUCUCUCUGACCCUUUUCCUAUCUCUGUAUUGCCUGGGAAAGGACAGGUUUCUCUUGCCAGAGGCCUGAACUGAUGGCUUGCAGAGAACUUUCAAAAUUAGGCUGAGGGCUGCAGACUGCCCGCCCCUAAAGCAGAAAGGGUUGGAGUCCAAGUUCUCUUGAUUCUGGCUGCAUAGUGUUCUGGUUCCAGCCAAGUGACUUGGGAAGGAGUUUGAGCCAGCAUGGUGUAGUGGUUAAGAGCGGUAGACUCAUAAUCUGGUGAAACGGGUUCGUGUCCCCGCUCCUCCACAUGCAGCUGCUGGGUGACCUAGGGCUAGUCACACUUCUGUGAAGUCUCUCAGCUCCACUCACCUCACAGAGUGCUUGUUGUGGGGGAGGAAGGGAAAGGAGAAUGUGAGCCGCUUUGAGACUCCUUCAGGUAGUGAUAAAGCAGGAUAUCAAAUCCAAACCUUCUUCUUCUUCCUUGUGAACAAUUGCUGUCUCUUUGGGUGUGUGGGUUUGUGGGUGUUUGCCUUCAGUAUUGUCAACUAGUCCUAUUAUGUUUCUGAGAGGGCAGUAAUUAUCUCUUCCCUCGUGAUGUUCUAGGUACUGUGUGGUCUUGAUUACCGGCGAGGGCGAUAAAUACACUGUGAGCUAUGAAGCCUUUCUGGCUUUUGCUCUGGCCAACACGAAGGACACCCUGAGGUUUGUGCACAUCUACAGCAACUACCAGCCGCAGUUUGGGCACACUUUGCUAACGGACGACGAAAGAUUCCACGGGAAGUCAGCCGUGAGUGUCCUGCCUGUGUCCUCCAGCCCAGCUGCGUCUUGCUGUCUCUGUCUAAUUCAUUGCAAAACAUUCAUUUAGUUCCAUGUUUCUUGGGUCAGUUAGCAGCACUUCAGAGAAACAUUGUAAGAGAGCUUUAUAAAAAAAGAAAAUGAUUUGAUAUGUAAAAAAAUUGAACUGAAAACAUAAAAAAAUGGGUUGAGAUGAAUCAUAAAGCCCUAAUUUCACUGCCUUGUCUGCAGGCUGGAUCCGCCCAAUGUGACAGUUCUUUUUGGCCUAGCCAAAAUGGCCUCGCAAGCCAAACGGGGAGACUUGGCAGGCCUAAGUAGGCCAGUGGCCUAGAGAUUCUCCUCCUCCCCACCACCACCAUUUUCUUGUGGAAGCAUUUUCUUGUAGAAGGCCAGGAUGGGAACAUAAAGUGUGUGGGGGUGGGGGUGGUUACAGGGCUGUGAAAAAUAGGGAUUAAGUCCAUGCAUCAUUUUGCCACUGCCCGUUCAGGCAAAGGAACUGAGUGGGUGAGGCAAUGAAUCUCCAACUGCAGGUGAUGGCAGAAGGCCAGGUAACUCCCACCUGGAUGUAAUGGGCCAAAGACACCACUUCUUUAUCUGUGCUGUGGGGCAAAGAUAUUGGUGUUUCGCAACUUUGACCUGUUGCAGGAUCUUAGCCAGACCCAGUUGAAUGUAGCAGAGCAUACACAGACUUCCAGGAGCGAUCAGUUGCAGGAAGGAAGGAGGAAGCAGGGACAAGACGCUGCUACUAGUAACUUGGUUACUUAGAGGUGUUUAUUAUUUACAGCAGACUCACAAGUUACUAUAUACAAGAACAGAAACGGAUCUUAAACUAGCUCUCUUAACAAACUCCAAACGACUCUCAGAACACCACACUGACCAACACACUACCCAGUCAGGGAAGGUCAUGCGUCACCAUGCCUGUGUGGAGACCUUAACCAAUAGUAGAGCUAUAUCCAAGGUCCCAUAUCUCUAGGCAGAAUAACUCCCUCUGCUCAGUCUUCUUGGCCUUCAGCCAACUCUUAAUUGCUUUGUGUGAAGCUGCACAUAGGCAAAAUCCCAACAAAAGAUUUCCUGUUGCCUGGAGCUUCAGGCUUGGGGCACUGGGCUCAAGUGAAGCCCUAAACCUGCUCCUUCGCUCCUGGCUAGGCACACUCUUGGAAGCCACGGCUGGUUUUUCUAAAGCUGUAUUGAAAACUCCCCCACACCAACUUGUGGUUUAACCCUCUGCUUCUCGCCCAGGUGGUCAUCUUGGAGAGGCGCAACAAUGCCGGGCGAGUAGUCUACAAAGCCCUCGACGAACCCUGGAGCGGCAGUGAAGAGGACAACUUCAUUCUUCUGGACCUCCUGGAUCAGCUGAGGACAGACCCAGGCAUUCUCUCUUCUGAUACCGUCCUGCCAGACUUAAACGAUGAACUUGCUCCUGUAAGCAUUGUGGGCGUUUAACAGGAUACAAGCGUGUGUGUGUGUGUGUGUGUGUGUGUGUGUGUAUGUGUGUGUGUUUGAGGGUGAUGGGAUCUCGAUGCAAAAAGCCUUCAAUUCUCUACAUCGAGAUGAGUAAAUAGACUCACAGCCCGGUGCUAAUACAUUUCCUUGGACAUAGCUGCGCAUGCUUUAGGCUGCUAUCCUCUGCACUUACCUGGGAGUAAAUCCCAUUGGAUGCAUUGGGGGUUACAUCUAAGUAGACCUGCAUAGGUUUGCUGCAUUCAUUUAAAUGCCAGAAUAAUGAACAGAAGCUGUAGCUGAUGGAUCGGAAUCACCCUUUCCCCUCUGCUCUUUCGGUGUGAUCACAGGUUUUCUUCCUCCGAUGGAUCUAUUCCGCCAUCGACUAUAUAUCAGACACCUGGGACAGCCUCUUUCACAGCAACUGGUAUGGAUUCUGCAUUAAUAGCAGCCUUUCCUUGAUUCGCAUUUUUGGAGUGUCAGAAACCGGAGGUGGCCUUCUAACGUUUAGGCAUGUUGUGCUGAUUCCUAUGAAGAUGGCUCAGUGGCUACUAACCCAAAUGGCUGUGUUCCGCCUCCACAUUCAGAGAUAAUAAUGCUUCAGAGUAGCAGUUUCUGAAAACCACAGGAGGGGAAGAAUUGCUCCUGUGCUUGGGUCCUGCUUGCCAGUUUCCUACCAGUAUCUGGGUGGGAACAGGAUGCUGGACUCGAUGGGGCAGUGGCCUGAUCUGGCAGGGCAGGUAGAGCAGGUACUUGUUUAGAGAGGAAGGGAGCAGGUCUGAGAGCCAGCCGGGAGCCUAGGCAGCUGGCGGGGGGAGGGACAGGGAAUAUCAGGAUCCAGUGGCUCUUCAGGGUCACUGGCAGUGAGGAGAUCUGCUGCAGGGAGAGGGGACUUCCAGGUUGAACCCGGACAGGUUCUCUUCUGAUUCCUUCCGUUUGCACAUUCUGGAUCUUCAUGCAUUUACCACGAUCCCCUAUGAUAAAGUGUAAAAUUUGCAUGGAAUUAGAAGUGCUCAAGGCAAAAGUUAAGACUGUCAAAGCGGUUUGAGCCAGUUUUGGGUGGGCCGCUAGUCAGCGCUUUGGGUGGAGACAUUCUGCUUCUUGACCACCAGGAGUUGCUCUCCCUCUCCUGAGCCAUUAGUAGACCAUUGUGUUGUUGUUGUUAUUAUUAUUAUUAUUAUUAUUGCUGCUGCUGCUGCUGCCACCUAAUAUUAAUAGUGAUUUUCCCCCCUGCAAAUAUAUUUGAUGCAGGCUAUAAAGCAUGCCUGAAUGUGCAAAACAGUGUAAUAACAAUUCGAACCUUUGUAACAAAAUUCCUCUCAGACCUUGGGCCGUUGAGGGAGCACAGUACUUCCUAAAGGGCACAAGGGUGAGGGAACUGGAGAGGACAGCAAAGAUGGACAGAAGGGAGCCAAUUCUCGUAUUGGUUCCAUUUUCACCUCUCCCGGGAGGCAGCCCAUUCAGAGGUGGGGGAAGAAGGCACAGGCUGCGGAUUUGGUUUGACACCGGCCCUCAUUGGCGAUCCUCUUUUGCAGGAGAGAAAUGAUGCCCCUCUUAUCGCUGAUAUUCUCAGCCCUCUUCAUCCUUUUUGGGACUGUUAUUGUUCAGGCUUUCAGGUAAGCAGCCGUAUGUAGUAGGUAGGUAGGUAUUUUUUGACCUUUGUAUCCCUUCACGGCCUAGGACCCUCGUACCUACGGGACCGCCUCUCCCGAUAUUCCCCACGGAGGACCUUAAGGUCCAUAAACAGCAACACUCUAGAGGUCCCGGGCCCUAAGGAAGUUAGAUUAACCUCAACCAGAGCCAGGGCCUUCUCAACACUGGCUCCGGCCUGGUGGAACGCUCUGUCUCAUGAGACCAGGGCCCUCCGGGAUCUGAUUUCUUUCCACAGGGCCUGUAAGACAGAGUUGUUCCACCUGGCCUUUGGCUUAGAAUCAGUUUGAUUCCCUCCUCCUCUUUCUUUUUCCUUUCUCCUCCUGUGAAGAGGCUGCAUCCUAAUGUUUUAAUGUUGUAUUUUAAUAUUGUUUUUUAAGUUGUAUUUUAAUCAACAUGUUUUUAUUAUUGGUUGUUAGCCGCCCUGAGCCCAGUCUUGGCUGGGGAGGGCGGGGUAUAAAUAAAAAUUAUUAUUAUUAUUACUUAACCACAUCAAGGGCUGGCUGGCCGGCCCGCUCAUGAGGCAGGCUGAGGCAGCCACCUCAGGUGGCAGAACCCCAAGAGGCGGCACCCCUGCGGGCAUCCCGGCACCUCUGCCAAUGGCAGAGAAGUGGCAGUGGCUUCUAGCGAGAUCUUGCUGGAAUCUGUUGCCGCUUCACGGGUGCCACCUGCAACCCAUGUAAGGGAGACUUUGGCAACAGGGGAACACCUUCCCAUUUUGUCUCAGGCGGCAAAACGGGAUGGGCUGCCCCUCACCACAUCUUUCAGGCAGUUCACAAACUGAAGACGAUAAAAUACAAUCAUUCAACCGAUGGAGGCACCAAGUGAGCUUCUCUAGGGAGAGCUUUUCAAAACCAGGGCGCCAACAUUGGAAAGACCCCAUUCUCUUCUCUGUUUUCCCCUUCGUUUUGUAAUCUCACCACCCCCACCUCCCCCAUUCCUAGCUUUAUUGAUUUUUAAUGUUUAUUAACUUCAUUGGGUCUCCUCUUAGUAGUACCAGCAUUGGAUAAAACCCAAGCUCUGUAGGUGGCUUACAUAAAAUAAUAGGAAAUCUUUAAUAAAAACUAUUUUUUUAAAAAUAGUAUAAACAGAAGACCUAAUAAAAUUAUCAGGAUAUAGAUAAAAUCAAGGGGUUUUAAAGCAAAUACUCACAGUAAAUGGAAAAUGGGAAUAACGGCGUUUCCGUGCACUGCUCUGGUUUGCCAGAAUCGGCUUAGUCAUGCUGGCCACAUGACCCGGAAGCUGUACGGUGGCUCCCUCAGCCAGUAAAGCGAGAUGAGCGCCGCAACCCCAGAGUCGGCCACGACUGGACCUAAUGGUCAGGGGUCCCUAUACCUUUUUAGACACACAAUAGUCACACUGCAGAUGAAUUGAUCUGACCCUGUCCGUGAUCCCCCAGCCUCUUCCCCGCCUGAAAGCACAACUUGCUGUUUUUCAGCGACUCGAGCGACGAGAGAGAUUCGCCUCCCGCCAAGAAGGACGAAAACCCUCCGAAGGGCGAGAAGAACGACACAAGUUUCACCAAAGAUAACAGGUUUCUCCUUAGUUCAGCCUUCACCGGCCUGGAGUCCUCCAGGUGUACAGGACAACAACUCCCGUCAACCCCAGCCAAGACAGCCAGUGGCCAGGGAUGGUGGGAUCUGUAGUCCAGAUCUAUCCGCAGGGCACCAGGUUGGCAAGUGCUUCCGUAGCUUAGCACUCUGCUUUCCUGGGGUUGGCCUUUGCGUCUCCUGGGCCAGCAGCAGUGGCCAGGGGUCUAGAAGCGUAGCCUUCACUAGAGGUGAUGGAGAUGGUCUCUUGGGCCUUGUUUGCCCCUUGCCGGCAGCCAAUUUCUGACCUGGGCUGCCUGUUCGACUGGGGCAACGACUCUGUCCCAGGACCUGCUGAAACGCAAACCUUUGCAUGCCUUCCACCGCAGCGUGAGUGGGCUUUGGCUCAGUGACGGAGCAUCUGUUCUGCCUGCAGCAGCUCUCCAGCUCAGUUCCUAGCAAGCUCCUCUCUGAAACCCUGGAGAACUGCAGCCAGCCAGUGUGACGUGAUCUGCAGCAGCUUCCUCAGGCCUCCGUUGUCUCAGAGGAGACAUCUGAAGGGGGUUUGGGAGGCUUGUUGGGCUGAGAAGGUUGGGCAGAUAUGAUGAGAGAGAACAAGGAUGGAAGAAAGCAGAGAACCUUCUACCUGGCUUGUCCAGGGGAAAGUGGCUGAAAGUGCAUGUGCAGCUGAAACUGGGGAAAGGCUGCAAGUUCUCUGGGCUGGAGCAUCUGCUUUGCAUAGAAUUGUAGAGAUAGAAGGGGGCCUAGGGGUCAUCUAGUCCAACCUCCUGCAGUGCUGGAAUCUUUUUGCCCAAUGUGGGGCUCGAACUCACAACCCCGAGAAUAGGAGUCUCAUGCUCUACUGACUGAGCCAUCCCAGCAUGCAGAAGGUUCGGUCAGACAGCUCCAAUCAGAGAUGACAGUAGCAAACUACAUGGACCCAAAAGGUCCACCUUCAUGGAAGGCAGCUUCCUCCAAGACAGCCUUUUUCACAGUGGCUUUUCUUGAGGCCGUAGAGCUCUUUGGACAUAUAGAUGCUAAAGUUCUGCUGCUUCCCCUUGCUCCCAUGCAGGUGGCUCUCCUUGCUUCUUGCUGAGCCUCUUCUCUCUCCCCUUCCCCCACAGGAUCCCCAAGAAGGGCUUCGUCGAAGUGACCGAGCUGACAGAUAUCACCUACACAAGCAACCUGGUGCGCCUGAGGCCUGGGCACAUGAACGUGGUCCUGAUCCUUUCCAACCCCACCAAGACGCCUCUCCUGCAGAAGUUUGCCUUGGAGGUCUACACUUUCACUGGGUGAGUGUGGGGCACCGUCACUGGCCAGAGUUAUUUUGCAGGUGUGUCAUGCCGUGGGAGAAAAAAAAGGGCAUUUGCAGCCUUCCAGAGUCUAAACGGAAGAGCAGGACGCUUAUUGCGUCUGUGAUGAUUACCCCGUUUACAGUCUUGUGUCACUCUUGCAACAGCACGGUGAAGUUGGUCACCUUUUGUGCCCAUUCUGUAGAUGGGAAGCUUGAGGCUGCAAAACGGUAGUUGGGCUGUGCUGAAAUGGGGCUUAAAAUCACCUCCUCAUCCCGGUCCUCUCCAUUUUUAUCCCUUGGGUCUUUCCUCUGGCUUUGGGAAGGCUAGGGGAGGCUAUUUUUUGAAACCCUGAAGAGCUGCUGUUGGUUAGUGUCAACAGUACUGUGCUAGAUGGACCAGUGGUCUGACUCUGUUUCAAGGCAGCUUUCCUAUGUAUCUUCCUCGCUUCAGAUAUGUGGGGAGGACUUGACCCUAUAUCCACCUCUGACUUGGAUAGGAACCCCUCGCAGUUGUGUGGUUGCGGCGCCAAUUUCAAAUGGGAGGAUGUCUCAUUCCCCUGUGCCAGACAUGCUGCUGGCUUGCAGGUCAUAAGUAGAUCCAGGAAAUGGGUAUUUCUCAAGGGGCUACUGGGUGAUGGGCUAAGUCCCAUUGUGGCCUUGAUUGGGGUUCAGCAGGGUCUGAACAAAAUUGAAUUGCUUGUGGCGGUGGGGUGGGGUAGAGGACAGAUCAAUUUAAUCUGCUUUGAGUCCUGAGGAGCUCUCCCUUCCCUGGCUGGAGGCAUGCAGGAACCAGUGAGCCUACCCUGGCAGGCAGGGUCACAUAACCAGCUCUUGAGUCUCCAGCCCAGGCCCUUCCCUCCCCGACUUUGAUCAAGGCAGUUGCUUUAGCUCAAGGACGUGGCUAACCAUUUUUGGCCCAAAUGCCAUAUUCACCCCAGCCAGCCUCAAGCAGUGUGUGUGGCCACUCCACACUAGGGGCAUCCCAACCUCUUCACUUUAAUUUUUCUCUUUUUUUCCACCACCAAAAUUAUGGGGUCUUAGAGGGCCGGAAAGCUUGGUUUGGAGGGCCAGAGACGGGAUUAGACGCUCCCCCCCCAAGCUCUUCUGUUGUUUUUCAGCUUCUAAGCUUACAGUGGUACCUCGGGUUACAUACGCUUCAGGUUACAUACGCUUCAGGUUACAGACUCCACUAACCCAGAAAUAUUACCUCAGGUUAAGAACUUUGCUUCAGGAUGAGAACAGAAAUCGUGCUCCGGCGGCGCAGCGGCAGCGGGAGGCCCCAUUAGCUAAAGUGGUACCUCAAGUUAAGAACAGUUUCAGUUUAAGGACGGACCUCUGGAACAAAUUAAGUUCUUAACCCGAGGUACCACUGUACUGGGUUCUGAUCGGGAUGCUAGAAGUAACCCCUUUUAUCUAUCUGCCACGAAUGCUUCAGCUGAGAUUCCUGCAUUGCGGUGGGUUGGGCUUGGGGGGUCGCUUCCAACUCUACAAUGCUAUAACCCCCUCCCGCCUCCCUUUCCCAGGAGCAACUGCCUCCACUUCUCCUUCCUGAACCUGGACAAGCAUCGGGAGUGGCUGGAGUACGUCCUGGAGUUUGCGCAAGACGCCGCCCCCAUCCCCAACCAGUACGACAAGCACUUCCUGGAGCGCGACUACACGGGCUACGUCCUGGCCCUGAACGGGCACAAGAAAUACUUCUGCCUCUUCAAGCCUCGCAAGUCGGAGGAGGACGGGGAUGCCCCGGGGAUGCCCUGUGAUGAAUCUGACCUGGGGGAGGUCCGUGGGAAGUCUUCCUCUUGCAGCCCGGGGGCGAGGUUGGUGAAAAACAAACUCAACAAGCUCUCCCUGUGGAUGGAGCGUCUGUUGGAAGGGUCCCUGCAAAGGUUUUAUAUUCCCUUGUGGCCUGCGCUAGACUGAAAAAACAACAGCAGCGGCAUAAAAUUUUGAAAAAGGAAAAAAAGAGUUUUUUCGAAAGAGAAACUCUAUCUCAGCAGAGACGUUGAAAGAGGACAACUGCAAGCAUCUCUCUUUCUGAAGUGUCGGAAUAGACGGUAGCUUUUUAGAUGAAUCCUCCUAGGCCCAGUGAGUUAGAAACAUCCUUCCCGCGCCUUUGACCUAGGAGCGAUCAUGGCGGUGAAUGCACUGAUGCCUGCUCUUCGUACCAAAUGGUUUGAAUGCUUGGAAGCCGUACAAUCGAAACUGGUUCACAGUUGGUGCCCCUGUCCCCCACCCCACCCCACCCCCCGCUGUCCCAGCCUGCUCCAGUUCCGCCUCUGGGUUUUUCUCCAAAGUCGAUGAAAGCCUUGCUGCUGUGGGAAAACUCUUCUUUGCCUAUGGAUGGUUUAAAUGUUUUUGGUUUUCUUUUGCUGCCACUCUCCCCCCACGCAGUCUACAGAGAGCUGUAAUCAUCCCUACCUGUUGGUUUCCCACACAUGCCCCGUUAUCCUUUGUAUGUACCAAAUAGCUGACAGGGCAGGAUGUGUAUAAGGGCGGGGAGGGGGGGGAAGGUACUAGCAACCCAUUUGCAUGCCCCCCUCCAGCCCUGGGUGCAAUAUAAUCCAACAGGUAGAGUUGACUAGCUCAGCCUUCAGCAGGGCAGGGAGUGGCCAGCUGAGCCGCAAACACUGUACGAGAAGCAAUGAGCCAUUUUAAAAUGUAUGUCCCUUUCGAUGCCUUCCUGCUUGCUGUCUGGUUUGUCCUCUUCUCCGAAAGACUUGUAGUUUUACAGCCAUACUCUCAGAACCACAUCCAUAGAGCUACGGACUGCUGCUAGCCAAUAGCUGUGUGUGUAUGUGUGUAUGUUUGUGGAAGGCACCAACUCCUGCUUGUGAGUCGUUCCCUGGACGUCCCUUCCCCUCCCGCCCUGAAACAGCAACAAUACAUCUGUAGGACAGUAACUGAGCGACAUUUCUCUGUAUCAAGGAGCUGAAAUUGCCUCUCUCAACAUGGCCUCUCCCAGGAUAAGGUUAGGAUUCAAAUGCCAAACUACUGAACUUCCCGGGUGUCUGUUCCAUGGCAAUGUGAUUUCUUUCUUUCUUGCCUUCCUCUUAGGGCAGGGCACCCUUGCCACCCUUUUCUGAAGCAGGUUUCCAGGGGCCUGUUUGUUUACAAAGGGGCACGGCUGCCCAGCUGCUUCCCCUCCUGCCGCCUCUCAGAAUGUGCCGCUCACCUUGAUCUGGUUGACUUUUUCCUUGGAGACAUAGGAGUGGUCACAUUUUUAAACUGCGGAUUGCUUUCUAAUUUAAAUUUAAGCCCAAGGGUUGCAUCUAAUUCCAGUCCUACUCAGGGGACGCAGGCGCAUCAAAGUUGAUGCACAUAAUUAUAACUUAGGUCCAUUGACUCUAGGGGGUCUGCUCCGAGUAGCACUUAGUUGGAUGCAACCCUACAACACGACGCACUGUGGGCCAUGCGUCUUGGGUGGGUUCGUGGGGCGUAUAUUUGGAAGCUUCCCGUGCAAAAACAAAAAGAAAUGAGCCACUCCUCUGCGUAGCACAUCCUAGAGAGAGAGAGAGAGAGAUGUAGCAGAGCUUUCUCCCUGAUGUGCUUGCUCUCUACUUUUUCAUUCAAAAAUAGGACAGCCGAACCUCACAAGAGUGGCCCAGAACUUUGCAGUGUGUAGAACAGCUCUUGGAAAUAGAAUGUCUUGCUGACUUGCUAGUGGUGCCUUGCAAUGGGGAAUUGGGGAUGGGAUGUGCUUGGUGUGUUCUUUCUUUAAAAGAAAAAUGAAAAACAGAGCAAGCAGUCUGCCUCUCGCAAGAGCUCUCUGAAGUGCCGGUUUGUUUGUACUGGGGCUUUCCUCAUCACAGGAGUGACUCUGGGUGGAUCCUUCCUCCCCACCCCCAAGAAAUAGUGGUGCACCUGCUACCUGCCUAUCAAGGCAAGCGAAAAGCCUGUCCUUUAAUAGAGGAGGGUGAUGUAGUUCCUGUACCGCAGUCACCCAUCUGUCGAAUAGGACGGCCUCUGCAAGAGUGUCGGGUUUCCACGGAAGUAGGUCAGAGAGAUCCUACUGACAACCGUCAGGGGUUUCGGUACAAGGUGCCUUUAAGCGGAGCUUCUGGGGGACAUUUUGAACUGUCGUCAGCUCCUCCGUAAGGAUCCCCUCCAGGAAUGUCCGGAAACGAAUGAGAGAGAAGAGAAUUAAGCAGCUGCCGCCGAGCAGAUAAUCGGAAGCUGCCUUGUCCCUUUGAGGGCAAAUGAACUUGUGUGCCUCAGCGAGCGAUUUAAGAAAUACGUAGGGUGUGCUGGCAAAGAAAUCAGCACUGUUUUAAUGAUGUGUUCUUUGUAACAAAUAGCACUGGGAUAAGAAUUAAUAUACUGCCAGGUUCCAAUGACAGGGAAAGCUUUGCCCGUUCUCGGGUUUCACAGGAAGACCUUCGCAUGCAGUCGGUGGAGCUUUCUAGGUAGAAGAAGGUCCAGGGGAAAAGUAGAGGGUGGAGCCCUCAAAAUGAGCUCUGCAUCCUCAGUGGGAGUUCAGGAUGCUGUGGGGUUUAGAAGCUGGGGUGGGGAGGACGCCCUAGCUUUUUCCUGCCAUCUAUCGUUCUGCAGUCGGCCUUGGACAACAAGUGUCCCAGCAACUACCGCUGGUGAAUCAGUGGUCAACGGUAGCUCUCGUAGCCCAGUUUUAAAGCAUGACUGGGUAUAUCACUCCUUCCUCUCCCACGCAGCUUGGCUCUUGUAUGAAGGGAGCAAUCCUCAACUCAGUGCAAUUGCAUGGGUGCCAAAUUCAUGCAAGGCUCCCCUCUCUUUCGUUGAUGCUGAAUUUAGCAUCUGCGUGCGAUUGUCAUCGGCUCUGAGGACCACGCAGAGAACUUCACCACCUGUAACGCUAAGCCCAGGCCUCUCCUUUGCCAAAAGACCCAGGUACCUUCUGCUAACUAAAUUUAAUCCAUUAAUCCCGUUAACAGAAAUUGCUAUAGAAUUGACAACCUUCUCUCGGAGCUUUUGGGAGAAGAAUGCUUCCACUGCCUGCUUGUUGGUUCUCAAACGUGACGGUGAGCCGCAAACCGUGUCUUGGCGGCACACGAGCAAAAUUGCGCCCGUUUUGCCCCUCCCAACUCGCAGCAGGGGAAGGCAGACCACAAUUCGCAGCCGAGAUCUGUUCUUGCCCUGCUUCUUGUGGUUUGAUGGAGCCAAGCAAGCCACGAUCCAACGCUAAAUCAAGGGUCGCAGUUUGUUUCCUCCAAGGCAUAAGCGGGAAGGGUGUGAUUUGCUCGUGCACCGUAAACCGUGGUUGAGGACUCCCCAUGAUGCACAGACACAACCAUACAAAGCCUUUCUUAUUCAAACUUCCUAGAACCUGAAGCUUAAUGCCUUUAGCAGGGAAGUGAUAGCAUAUUGUCCGAUCCUCCUGUGCGUUGUCGACUUUUCCUUUGACGUUCAGUGUGUUUGGUUCCCCCCACCCCAGCCUCCCUGUGACGGCCAUUUUGUCUUCUGUGUUCUGUAGAAAUGUUUGUCAGAAACUGAUACGAAUAAUCCAGCCCAGGUGGAGGGAUUGGUUUGAAAAGAAAGCUGAACAUUUUGCACUUUUGAUACUCUUGGGUUGGGUGGGUGGGGAAUAAAUAAUUUAUUGGGCAAAUUGUCUUCUUCUUUUUUUGUAUUUGUGAACAGGCCCUAAUUUUAUUUUGGUUUUGCUUUAAGACUCUUACAGAAUCUGCAACUGAAAUAAAACUAUUUUAAUGUGU